UGUAUCUUCACUCCUCCGCCAUGCUUGUCAGCCUCCACCUCUCCUCUUCCCCUUUCUCCGACCGUCGCGUCCUGUCUUUUGUCUCCCUGGCUUCUUCCUCCAAACCGCCCCUCUCCCUCUCUCUCCUUCUCCUCUCUCUCUUCUUCUUCCCCACCUGCGAGUCUCGCCGUGGAGGCGGGAUCGGGACGCCCAUUGGGGGCAUGAGCGGCGGCGAGCGCGGCCAGUCGAUAAUCAGCCCUCCUCAUUAUCCGCCACCAGGAGUUAAUCCAGUGGGUCCUCCAUUGCCACCAAAGUUUGCUCAAGGCCUCAGCAUCGCAGUGAUCCUUGUGGGAAACUCCAGCGAGGGGUCCCUCUCUGAAGGUCUGGAGAAAGAGGACUUCCUCCACGUGCCUCUCCCUCCGAAAGUCGAACUGGUCACGAUGAACGAAACCGACCCCAAGAGUAUCAUAAACCGCAUCUGUGCUUUGAUGUCGCGGAACUGGCUCCAGGGUGUGGUGUUUGGGGACGAUACCGAUCAGGAGGCCAUCGCCCAGAUAUUGGACUUCAUCUCAGCUCAGACGCACAUCCCCAUCCUGGGCAUCCGUGGAGGCUCUUCCAUGAUCAUGGCAGCCAAGGAUGACCAUUCCAUGUUCUUCCAGUUUGGACCCUCUAUAGAGCAGCAGGCCUCUGUCAUGCUUAACAUAAUGGAGGAAUAUGACUGGUACAUAUUCUCCAUUGUCACCACCUACUACCCAGGAUACCAGGACUUUGUCAAUCGGAUCCGGAGUACCGUGGAGAACAGUUUUGUUGGCUGGGAGCUGGAAGAGGUGCUGCUGUUGGACAUGUCAGUAGAUGAUGGCGACUCAAAGAUCCAGAACCAGAUGAAGAAGCUCCAAAGUCCUGUUAUACUACUGUAUUGCACUAAAGAAGAAGCCAUGACCAUUUUCGAGGUGGCACAUUCUGUCGGCCUCAGUGGUUAUGGUUACACCUGGAUUGUACCAUCUCUGGUGACAGGGGAUGCAGAUAAUGUACCCAGCGUCUUUCCAACAGGUUUGAUCUCUGUUUCCUAUGAUGAGUGGGACUAUGGACUGGAGGCUCGAGUACGUGAUGCUGUAGCCAUAAUCGCCAUGGCAACCUCCACAAUGAUGCUGGAUCGGGGUCCUCACACGCUGCUUAAGUCUGGAUGCCACGGCGCACCUGACAAGAAAGGCAGCAAGUCAGGAAACCCCAACGAGGUGCUGAGGUACCUCAUGAAUGUGACAUUUGAAGGGCGCAACCUCUCCUUUAGUGAGGACGGUUUUCAGAUGCACCCAAAGUUGGUCAUUAUACUGUUAAAUAAGGAGAGGCAGUAUGAAAGGGUUGGUAAAUGGGAGAACGGGUCUCUGGCAAUGAAGUACCACGUGUGGCCUCGGUUCGAGCUCUACUCGGAUACUGGGGAGCGGGAGGAUGACCACCUGUCCAUUGUUACGCUGGAGGAGGCUCCAUUUGUUAUUGUGGAGGAUGUUGACCCCCUCAGUGGCACCUGCAUGCGGAAUACAGUGCCGUGCAGAAAACAGCUCAAACUCCAAAAUCAGACAGGAGAUUCAGGGAUCUACAUUAAACGCUGUUGCAAGGGCUUCUGUAUAGACAUCCUCAAAAAGAUUGCCAAGUCGGUAAAAUUUACCUACGAUCUCUACCUGGUGACCAAUGGGAAGCAUGGCAAAAAGAUCAAUGGCACAUGGAAUGGCUUGGUUGGAGAGGUGGUGUUGAAGAAUGCCCACAUGGCAGUGGGGUCCCUGACCAUUAAUGAAGAGAGGUCAGAGGUCAUUGACUUCUCUGUGCCCUUCAUAGAGACUGGGAUUAGUGUCAUGGUCUCUCGUAGCAAUGGCACAGUGUCACCUUCUGCCUUUUUAGAGCCCUUCAGCGCUGAUGUCUGGGUAAUGAUGUUCGUUAUGCUGUUGAUAGUUUCAGCUGUGGCUGUUUUCGUUUUUGAGUACGUCAGUCCUGUUGGCUAUAAUCGCUGCUUGGCAGAUGGACGAGAGCCUGGCGGUCCCUCCUUCACCAUCGGAAAAGCUAUUUGGCUACUUUGGGGUUUGGUCUUCAAUAACUCUGUGCCCGUGCAGAACCCCAAAGGCACUACUAGCAAGAUCAUGGUCUCAGUCUGGGCCUUCUUCGCUGUGAUUUUCCUGGCCAGCUACACUGCCAACCUGGCCGCAUUUAUGAUUCAAGAGGAAUAUGUGGACCAGGUGACGGGCCUGAGUGAUAAAAAGUUUCAACAUCCGAAUGACUUCUCCCCUCCAUUCCGCUUCGGUACUGUGCCCAAUGGCAGCACAGAGAGAAACAUAAGGAACAACUACAAAGAGAUGCACACCUAUAUGACCAGCUUCCACCAGAAGAACGUAAACGAGGCCCUCCACAGCCUCAAGAUGGGUAAAUUGGAUGCAUUCAUCUACGAUGCAGCGGUCUUGAACUACAUGGCUGGACGUGAUGAGGGAUGUAAACUGGUGACCAUCGGCAGUGGUUAUAUCUUUGCUACUACAGGGUAUGGCAUUGCCAUUCAGAAAGACUCAGGCUGGAAGAGAGCAGUGGAUCUCGCCAUUCUGCAGCUCUUUGGAGAUGGUGAGAUGGAGGAAUUUGAGGCCCUGUGGCUGACUGGCAUCUGCCACAAUGAGAAAAAUGAGGUGAUGAGCAGUCAGCUGGAUGUAGACAACAUGGCAGGUGUGUUCUACAUGCUGGGAGCUGCAAUGGCCCUGUCCCUUAUCACAUUCAUCGCAGAGCACCUCUUCUACUGGCAACUGCGGUUCUGCUUCAUGGGUGUGUGCUCGGGCAAGCCUGGCAUGACCUUCUCCAUUAGCAGGGGCAUCUACAGUUGCAUCCAUGGUGUUCAGAUUGAAGAGAACAAAUCAGCCCUUAACUCACCAUCAGCCACUAUGAACAUGAACAUGAACAACACCCACUCCAACAUUCUCCGUUUGUUGCGUACUGCCAAAAACAUGACCUCUGUACCUGGGGUCAAUGGUUCACCUCGCAGCGCACUGGACUACAGCCAUCGUGAGUCAGCCGUUUAUGACAUCAGUGAACACCGGCGCAGCCUAGUAGGCCACACAGACUGCAAGCCUCCACCGUACCUGCCAGAGGACAACAUGUUCAGCGACUAUGUAAGCGAGGUGGAGAGGACUUUUGGGAAUUUGCACCUGAAGGACAGCAACCUGUACCAGGAUCAUUACCUACACCACCAUGGGGGCACGGGAUCCGACCUGGCUCUCGGUAUGUCGGGUCCCCUGCCUAACCGACCUCGUAGCUUAGGGAGUGCCAGUUCAUUGGAGGGGGGGUACGAUUGUGACAGCUUAGGGGGAGGGGUAGCGCCCAUCUUCACCACCCAGCCAAGGCAGUCGCUGACACAUCGGAACAGGGAAAAGUUUGACCUGAUUGCGGGUCACCCCACCCAGUCAAGCUUCAAGUCCGGCCUGCCAGAUCUAUAUGGAAAGUUCUCCUUCAAGGGUGAGGCAUCCAGUUCAGGGUUUAUUGCAGGACACGACAGGUACUGCGGGGGAGGUGGGGUGGGAUCAGGAGGGGACGACGGAAACAUUAGAUCCGACGUGUCUGAUAUUUCCACUCACACUGUGACCUACGGGAACCUCGAGGGGCAUGGCAAACGGCGCAAGCAGUACAGGGACAGCCUAAAAAAGAGACCUGCUUCUGCCAAAUCUCGCCGUGAGCAUGAUGAGAUUGAGCUUGGCUUCAGGAGACGUCCCCACCACACAAUCCAUCACCAUCACCACCAUCAUCCAGCAACACAAGCACACCGCUCAGCCACCCCACCUGUGGAGCGCAAGAGCCUGAGAGGUGGUAACAGCACCUCCUAUCUAUUCAGAGACAAAGAGAAUUUGAGGGACUUCUAUGUGGACCAGUUUCAAGCCAAGGAAGGGGCAUCCCCAUGGGAGCAUUUGGAUUUAAGUGAUGCUCCAGGAAUGGGUGGAGGAGUGGGACUGGGUGGAGGCGGUUGCGGUGGAGUAGUUAGUAGCGGUGGUGCUGGGGGAGCGUGCACUAGUUUGGUUCCCAUGGAAGAUUUCCUGAAAGGUAAAUCCAAGAAGACAGAAUGUAAGGGUGGAAUGGGAGGAGGAUCGCCUGGGCAACAGGGCCAUGCAUGCUGGGAAAAGGGCAUCGGAGGGGUGGGGGGGUUGGCUGGAGGGGAUUGGGAAUGUCGCAAUUGCCACAGUGGAGGGGUUGGAAGUGGAGGAAGCAAGCCAGUUUGCAUGCAUGGGGGAGGCGGGGCUGGGGGAGUUGGGGGAACCAGUGGAGGGAGUGGACAAAUCUCAAGCCGCCCUAGUUCAGCCACCUGCAAGCGGUGUGAUUCGUGCAAGAAACCGGGCAACUUGUAUGACAUCAGUGAGGACAACCACCUCCUCUUGGAUCAAACUGGGGGCAAGCACCCUCUGGAGAGCGGAAAGGGAGGGGGAGGCACAGGGGCCCAAACCCAGGUACAGAGGCGGAAAUUUGGCCCAGGUGGUAAGGUUUUGCGCAGGCAGCACUCUUAUGACACAUUUGUAGAGCUGCAGAAGGAAGGGGCGGGCAGGAUGGGAGGGUUUGGAGGCAGUGGUGGAGCGUCAAUGCUUCCUCCACCCCGAAGCGUGAGCCUAAAAGACAAAGACCGCUACAUGGAGGGCACGAGCCCCUACGCCCAGAUGUUUGAGCAGUAUGCGGGAGGGGAGCGGGAGACAUCAUAUUUUGGGGACAGAGGGAAGGGCGGGGGUUCAUCAUUUAGUUUAUUUCGUGGGGGUGAAGGUGGGUUGCACCGUCGCUCCGUGGGUGAGAGAGACAUGAGGGACAGGGAUAGAGGCAUGAUGGGAGGAGGUGUGGGCGGUACCCGAGGGGUCGGGACUUACUCCUUGUCUAAAUCUCUCUACCCAGAUAAGGUGAACCAGAACCCAUUCAUCCCAACCUUCGGCGACGACCAGUGUCUAUUACAUGGCGCCAAAUCAUACUACAUCAAAAAGCAGCAGGCACAGCCGCAGCAGCAACAGCUCCUCAACAACAGUCGGGCUGACUUCCGGGGCUCCAUGGGGGUGACUUCCUAUUUGCCUGCUUCCGCAACUUCUGGGGUACUGUCCAAUGUGGCCCCUCGGUUCCCCAAGGAGCUAUGUCUGGGCGGGCCUCUUGGCAACCACUACGGUGGAGGACCUAGCAACAACAAGCUGCUGUCAGCAAGGGAUGGGUUAGGAAUGGGUCAAGGACAGAGACCGUUUAAUGGCUCGAGCAACGGACAUGUUUACGAGAAGCUUUCCAGUAUAGAGUCUGAUGUCUGAAGAGGGAAGUCAGAAACAGAUAAAAACGCAGAAAAGAAGCCAACAGACAUGCGGAAUGAUGAUUGAGAGAAAACUGAAAAGGCAGUGUGUAAUUAGUUCCUUCAUGCUCACGACAAGAAGAGGAAACCGUGUGUGAGGAACUGACUCGUGCUUUCUUUAAGUUAUGCGGAUCACGCGCUGCCAAGCAUACGUAUGUAAAUAGAGAGAGGGGACCUGCCCACUGUCAAAAAGUUGAGAUUAGGGGGAAAAAUCUGUUUAUUCCUCUCUUUUAUUCUCUUGUUUUUUGUAUAUUUAACUAUUUCCCUGCUCCUAACAUCAAAAUAGCGGCCAAUCCAGAUGGAGACAACCGUGUACAAUCCUUUGUACAAUUGUGGAUGGAAAUCAGUUAUUCUUUUUAAGCAACAGGGUAAAACUUACAAUAAUUGUAUUGAUAAUGUUCCUGAUAAUAAUAUUGUUAUAUAUUAUUACAAUGUUUAUGAUGUUCCAUUUGGGCUUGGUUUCUGGAUGUUUUAUGCUGUUAUAUAUUUGUACUGUAGUUUCAGUUAUUAGUUAACAAACCACUUUGCGGGAGGCUUUUUUGAUUUGUCAACUGAGCUUAUUUGAUUGUUAAUUGAAUUGUAGACAUACUUGGAUUCCAUAAGGUUAUUUAUUAUUGAUUAUUCAAGUUUAUUUUACAAGUAUGGAGUGCUGUAAGAUGUGUGUACAAGGCAUGAUUUGCAAAGUACUUCAGCUGUACUUGAGAUAUCAUUGUGAAGGAAAUGUAUUAUCACCUUAUUUUUACAGUGUUCCGUUUGUUUGAACAGUAUAGGUUUAAUACACAGCACGUUAUGUGCCUUACCAAGACUUACAGAAUACCUGAUUUACAGGUCAUAUUGCCAUGGUAACUUUCUGGUCACUGCACACAGACUUGUCAUUGGAUGAUUCAUAUAAUUCUGGAAGCUUCCUUUUAAUGUUAUAAGCACUGAUAUGGAAUAUCCAGCAUUGAGGAGACAAAGUAGGCUAAAUGUGUUUAUAGUAUUAAUCUCAAGAACUAGGUUCUAAAGAAAACCAGAUAAAUUAUUAUUCGAAUAGCUUUUAAUAAUAGGAACAUAGGAUAUUUGAGGUUUGCACAACAUUGUACAGUACACAGUAUCCUCCCUGAGGGUCGAGGCGUGGGGCGUUACAUUUGUAUGGUGUUAUCUACAAUAUAGAAAUAAAAAUCAAUGAAUUAAUAAUUUUUUCUCCACCAUCCCCCAAUUCUGAGGAAGUCUUUGAUCAAGCAGCAAAAUAACAACUGUGUCAUGGAUUUGUUUCUUCUUAGAAUGCAGUUAGUAUUGGAUAUGCUUAUCUAUACUUUCCUUAGGGAGACGCCAGUACACAGUAUGUAUGGUUUUGCAAGAUUCUCAGCAAAUACUUGCAUUUUGUUAUGUAAAUACACAUUUUUUUCCCACUCUGUACAGUGAAUAGACAGAAAGGAUGUAACUCUACAGAUCUAUGUUUUACCAUAUUGGUUAGAUGAUAUUUUAGGAAUUACAUUAAACAUUAACAAUCCAACUUUGCUGCAAAAUGUAUCAGUUAAAAAUCAACGAACGGACAAACAUUAAGAAUUUUUCUAUGUCCUCCCUACUGUUAUUCAGUCUAAUAAAAUCCUUUACUGCACCUGAACAGGAGAAGUGAAAUUUUGUACAUA